GCACCCAGGCACCCACCCACCCACUUGCACUAGCAUUGCCGUUAUGGAGUACAAACUGAUUGGACCAGAGCAUUACGAGCAGGUGAUCGACCACCUGAGGAGGAACUUCUUUGCGGACGAGCCACUGAACAAGGCCGCUGGACUGUGCCAGAAGGGAUUCGGGAACAGCGAGUUGGAGCACCACAGCCUGGAGACGCUGCACGAUAAGCUCAGCCUGAUGGCCGUGGAUCGCAGCGAAGGAGCUGAACAGGAGGAAUGCAAGAUAGCCGGAGUAAUACUGAACGGCAUCCUGCGCCCGGGCGACACAGCGCAGGCCCUGCAGAAGCUCCAGGCGAGUAGCGACCUCAACUUCAAGAAGAUCUUCGAGCUGCUCUACAGCCACAACCUGAAGGUUGAUCUCUUCGGGCGUUUCAAAGUCGAUCGUAUCUUUGAUGUGCGCAUCCUCUCGGUGGAUGCGAGCUACCGCGGCCAGGGCAUUGCCAAGGAGCUGGUUAGGCACGCCGAGUCGCUGGCCCGCAAGCGCGGCUUCCGCCUGCUCAAGGCGGAUGCCACGGGAAUCUUCUCGCAGAAGAUCCUCCGCUCCCACGGGUUCGAGCUAUUUGCCGAACAGCUGUACGCCAAGUACACGGACGCAGGCGGUCAGGUCGUCCUGCCCGUAGAGGCGCCGCACAUUAAACUCCAGCUGCUGACCAAAAAAGUGGGACACGACGAUGGGGAUGAGGAUCCACAGUAAGGCAGCAGCUCGCA